AUACUAAUGGUAUCCAUGGCCGCUAUUGGGUCACUUUAUGGCAUUUUAGUCAUGCCAGUGGGAGUCAUAGAGGUGAUUUAUAACGGAGAGUGGCCGUUAAGGGAAGGACUAUGUCGUGCACGCCAUAUUUGCAAUCAAUUCCUUGGUACAACCUUCAUGAUACACAUCUUUUUUCUGUCUAUUGACCGGUACAUUGCCAUAUGCAAGCCUCUCAAGUACAGAGUGUUGACGUAUAAGACAGGUUUGGUUAUGACUGCCGUCUCCUGGUUACUGUCGAGCCUAACAGCAGCAGCAACACAAAUUGUAACAGAAACUCAUUCAGGUGUAAUAGCUCCACUUUAUAACACUUCGUCAUUGGUUAAACCUGAAUAUAAUAUCUUCACAAACAAAAUAUUUAUCCUUACCAGCUAUUUCAUAUUGUAUUCUCCGUUCAUUGUUUCUUAUUUUCUCUACGGGUUCAUACUUUUUGAAGUUUACAGAUAUCACAAAAGGACACAGAGACGUUUACAAGCUCAAAAAUUUGAAAGCAACCAAUCACCUGGUAAAGAUUACACAUCUAAACAGAAUAAAGCAGUUGAAAUUCGCAAUCCUGGUUCCCAGAAACUUGCAUUUUGUCCGGGAGAUGGUGCGUCUUGUAUCUCAGUAGCACACGAUCCUCCUGCAGCAACCGAGGAUAAGAAACAAGAAUCUGCUCAAAUUGUUGCGCACCGACGCUCAAACAUUUUUAAGGCCCUUCGCACCGUCGGUUUCAUUAUGAUUUGCUACACGCUAUGCUGGUUGCCGGCGUGGAUUUACUUGACUUGGUUAUUUGAACAGGGUUUAAGCUUUCCACUGUGGUCUGAGAUUCUGGUGCUGUGGAUCACGUACAGCAACUCUGCGUUAAAUCCAAUCAUCUACUGCACGUAC